UUACAUACUGUGCGUUUCGCAAGCAAAGUGCUUGUGAUACGUGAAUGUUUGUAUUAGAAAAAGUCAUAUGUCCGUAUAGUAGUAAUAAGGUUAAUUUAUUUGGUUUAUUUCGGGUUUGGGCGAAUUGAAUAGUUUCACGCAGAAAUAUAAAAUCUAGACAAAAAUCCGCAAUUGGAUAAUUUUUAUAAAAAAAAAGUUCAACCAGACAUUAUGUCAUCGCCAAAAAAUCUACAAGAUUGUUACUUUUACUACUAUUCCGUGUGCCGAAAGGGAUCGAGCUGCGGAUAUCGGCAUGAGCCAUUAGCUCUUGGUCAUGAACGUGUUUGCAGUAAAUGGACGGAAAACCAAUGUUUUCAACCAAAUUGUCCCGAUCGUCAUAUGGUUAUAGAAAAAGCACGAAAUCAAAUUCAAUGUUAUUGGGAAAAUAAAGGGGGAUGUCGAAAACCUCAUUGUGUUUUUAAACAUGUGAAUGCAGCUCAGCAGCCACCAAAUACAAACACAUCUGGCCUAAUGACAACAGUCAAUCCGAACGUUGUUGCAACAGCACUGAUUCAAAUGCAACAGCAUCAACGCAUGCAACAUCACAUACAACAGGCUCAAACCAAUAAUAACAGCCUGGAUCAAACACUAAUCGACAAAUGAGAUUUACUUUUGCUCUGUUAUCAUCCGUUGUCAACAGCAAGCCAACAGCAAACAUCGGAUCAACUCCAACAACAGAAUCAUCGACGCUCAGCCGUUGCUGUUGCCAAUCGAACAUUAUCUACAUUAAAUACAUCAAAUAUAAACCAUUUGGUCCAAUCACAACAGCAACAUCACCAAAAUCUUCAUACGCAAAAUCCAUCAUUUUAUUUAUUUAACAAUCGGAACGCAUUUUUAAAUUAAAACUUUUCUGCAUGAUCAAAAAGCGAUCAAAUGAAGCCGUAAUUUAUAAACUAUAAAAUUCAAGCGACUGACACGCUUUCUGAAUAGAACAAAAUACAACAAAGAAAAAGAGAAUCCCUUGUAAUAGGCCUAACAAACUUCAUAAAAAUAGUAUUCUUCACUAUUUUCUUAAUUUUUGUUUUCUCUAUAAUCAUAAAUUAUAAACAAAUACCUAAGCAAUUUAAUCGACAAUUUUAAGAGAGAGAAAGAGAGAGAGAGAGAAAACGCUCCUAAACCAGUCAUUUCGAAAAUGAUGAAAAUAAUAAUUAAUUGAAUUAAUUGAGUUAAAUUCGAAUGCUAUUUAGCUUAACGGUUGAAAAAAGAAAUAAAAAGGAAAAUAAUAUAUUAGAGAAAUAUUUAUAAUAAAACAAAAAAGUGUUAUACACUUAUAAACAAAUUCACGUACAAAAUGGGCAUAACAUACACAGAGAGAGAAUGAGAAACAUUGAAACAACAAUAUUUUGGCAAAAUCACUCCGCCUGAUUAUUUUCAUCGGUUGUGAUGCGUUUACUCUUUAAUGUUGGUGUAAUUUUUGACAUACGCAUCAUAAAUUUUCCAUUGAAAAAUCUAGCAAACAAGCCCCCUUAUCCAUUGAGAAUCUCUUUUGAAUCGCACAUGAUUUUGUGUCAUAAAGCUUCUAAGCAAACUAAGGGGAUAAAAUAGAAUAGAAAAAGAAAUAGAUAACAAUGAAAACGUAUAUAACACAUAAGCACAUUUACAUUUUUAAGAACGCUAAUCGCCCUCGCGUUUUAACGCUUUUGAUAUAAUUUUUUUUUCUCUAAUGUAAAUUACGAUUUGCAUAUCGCUCUAUUUAUUAAUGUGUUGAGCAUCUUAGAAAUCCCAACAACAAAAGAUAAAUUCUAAAGCAUUCGAACUUAAGAAUCGAACAAAUUUGUUUUUGUUAUAUCAUUUGAAUGUGGUUGACAUAUUCAAACAAAAUAGAUAUUAUCGCAAUAUUAACUGAUAUUUCUAUCAUAUAAAAUUAUUAAAAAAUUAAAUUAUAGAACAA